GCACCCAGGACCUCAAACAGGCAAUAGUCUCACUCGGACUCUGUUCAGUGCUCACAGACCAACUGUCAUCAUGUAUUUGUCAACAAGUCGCCUGACAAUCAUAAUUUUCCUUCUGUACUACGUCUGUGCAGGACGAGUUCUUUGGCGGAUCAAAGAACGUGUUCGUCAAGCACGGUAUCAAAAGGCCAAGCAGCAUUUGUUGGGGCAUGCUUUAAGAGGACAUCUACUCAAGAGCCAUGCCAAAGACGGAGUUAUCCACCAGGAACUGGAUCAUUUUGAUAGCAAUCGCAAGGACACAUUUCCUCAGAGAUUCUUUGUGAAUGAAAAGUACUGGGAGGAACCCGAUGGACCGGUCUUUCUUUUUAUUGGAGGAGAAGCUGCAAUCUCAGAAGUAGAUGUUUUGGCAGGGCACCAUGUUGACAUGGCAGAGGAGCACGGAGCACUGAUUGUGGCCCUGGAGCACCGUUUCUAUGGCGAAAGCAUGAAUCCUGGGGGUCUGGACACAGAGGACCUGGCUGACCUGUCCAGCCAGCAAGCUCUUGCGGAUCUGGUCACAUUCCAUCACUACAUCUCAGAACGUUAUCACCUUUCUGAUAAAAACACCUGGAUCAGCUUUGGGGGCUCCUAUGGGGGGUCCCUCUCCGCCUGGCUGCGGGGCAAGUUCCCUCACCUCGUCUAUGGUGCCGUGGCCUCCUCCGCUCCUGUUAAAGCCAAACUGGACUUUUCCACUUACAACAAAGUUGUCGGACUGAGUUUAAUGGAUGAGGGUGUCGGUGGCUCUGCUAAGUGUGUGGGAGAUGUUUGGGAGGCCUUUGCUGCUGUCGAGGCGGCCCUUAUGGGUGGGAAUGAGACACAGGUGGGAAAGGACUUCUCUUGCUGUGACACCCCCAGCAGCCUGGAUGACCAGAUCGAGCUGCUCAGCAGCCUCGCUGACCUCAUCGCUACCACUGUGGAGCUCAAUGACAUUGAAGGAGGCAUGUCCAUCGAGGAGCUCUGCACCCUAAUGACCAAUCAGAGUGAGCAAUAUGAGGAAGAAGCCGAGGCAUAUGACCGUUUGGUCAAUCUUAUGGACAUCUACAGGGAUGUGGAGGACCUGCCCUGCCUGCUGUCUUCUCAUGAGGACAUAUUGGAUGAGCUGAGAAACACCACUGAAUCCAUGGAUGGUUCCUCUGAGCGCCAGUGGUACUACCAGAUGUGCACUGAGUUUGGCUUCUUCCAGACCUGUGAGGACGCCUCCUGUCCUUUCUCCCGUAUGUUGACUCUGCGUUCGGCCACAGAGCUUUGCACUGAGGUGUUUGACAUCCCACAGGAUAGGCUGCCAGGGCACGUGGCCUUCACCAACUUGUACUAUGGAGGAAAAGACCCCGAAAACGACAGAGUUCUCUAUGUCAAUGGCGAGAUUGACCCCUGGCAUGAACUGAGUGUGACCAGCAACGGCACCUGGAAGAACAGGGGCCGUGCCAUCUUCAUCAAGGGUGCGUCCCACUGUGCUGACAUGCAGAAAGAGGACAAGUCAGAUAGCGCUUCACUGCGAGAGGCCAGAGAGGGGAUUGAGAGCCACGUGGCCAUGUGGCUGAAGACUGCUGCGUGGGAGCGCAUGAUGGCCUGAGCAGGCGGCCAGGCUGCAGACGGCUGAUGUUCCACAGGCUGGCUUGACCACAGCGUUUUCUCCACUAAUCGCCCAGCUUUAGAGAAAAUGUUUGGAGAUGUAGGCUAAUAAGUUGGUGUGUUGCAGUUGAAAGGGAUAAAACAUUUCCAUGAGAUGCUAGUUAGAUGUUAUGUUUGUAUUACAUUUAACUUUUAGUUUUUUUCCAGGCUGCAUAUAGACUGAAUAAGUGUGGUGAAAGCAUUGCGAGGUUUCCCCUAUUAACUGAUGUUGGGAAGGCGUUUUUCCAGCAUGACUUAUAGCGCUCUGUGCUGGCCGCUGGGUUCAGUGCAAAAUAGUAGUGGCCAUCGCGUGUGUGGACAAGAGCUUGCUGAGCCACUGAACAGUCAUUGAAAAUAAUGGGUUUUAGAACGCAGUGGUGCUGUUGUCACAUUGUAUGUGAAGGCUGCAUAACUCAAAUUGCAGUGAGCAUAACUCAAAUUGCCCCCCCAGUUAUUAUCCUGUAGGUUUUCAUAUGCCCAGUAAGGGGCGCCAUAAGCCCGUGCUUCUGUGUGUCUCCUCUUCUAGUUCUAAUCCAAGAGCAUGAAAGUGAUUCCAUAGUCUGGGCUUCACUACACAGCCACACUUAUGAUUGACAUUAGACAGAUAUAUUUAAAAAAGGAUCAUUAGUUCACCAAGAGUGUAUUUGAUAUGACUAUGCAACCGCAUCUGUUGUAAGAACAGUCCCUUUCAAUCCUGAAUUUCAUUAAAUCAUUACAGGUUCUGUGCCUUGUGCUUAGAAUCAGAUCAGACUUGUAAUCUGAGGACUUCACCAGGUCAGAAGAAAGUUGCAGUGCCAAAUCUGAGGUACAGUGUAGCCAUACAAUUUUUUCUCAGACCUGACCAGCAGAGUGCACAAGUGAUGCUUUCCUGAAGCCUACAGUAGGCUGUAAGACCUGCAAGAAAAAAUAUGAAUAGUUGUUUUAGAAAUUUGCAUUUUACAAUGGUCAUGUUGCAAAAUAUCCAAACACAGAGUAAAUAGAAAAAUACUUCAAAUGGCACCCCGAUGUCAGUCUAAGUGAAGACUGUAUUGAUGACAUUUUGUAAUAAACUCAUUUGCUUCUGUG